AAUGAGUAAUCAUGAAGAUGAUUUAGAAGUACAAGAGCCAAUUGAUUAAUUAAAGGAAGAUGAAUCAUAAAAGAAAGGAGGUAAGUAUAACAAAUAAAUAUAUUUAGGAACUGAUAAUAAACAUUAACUUAAAGAUAUUGAUUUAUCAUCAAUUUUUGUGAGAAAUUUAGAUGAAAACACAACAGAAGAUGAUAUUAAAGAAUAUUUUAAGGAUUGUGGAACAAUAGUUAAAGUAUUAUCAAUAUAUUAAUGUAAGGUAACUUUAAGAAGUGAUAAAAAUACAGGCACACUUUAUUCAUAUGUUCAAUUUCAAGAAUAAGCUUCAGUUGACGAUGCUUUAGUCUUAAGUGAAGGUAUCAUAAGAGGAAAGAAAAUACUAGUAUUUUAUAAAAUAUUAUAAUAAUUAAGGUCUUCUAAAAGAGAACAAAUUUAAGAAAUAGAGGUAGAGGAAAUAGAGGAGCAAGAGGAUAACGUAUAUACAAAUUUUUAUAUAAUAGCAUUUUAAUAUAUUACAAGAGGAAGAUAUUUGUAUGCAGAACCAAUUAGAGGAAGAGGAGCUUAUCGUGGUGGCAAAUGAG